AAACCACUUCCUGGCGUGAUACAAACACGACAAAGAAGAAACUGUUCAAUGUUCCCCCACCACAACAAAAGUAAUAAACUCGAAGCACACUCCUCAACAACGAGAAGAGAAAAAGAGUAGUAGCUUGGUACAGGGACGAUCUCACUCCUAAAGCUUUUCACCUUCUCUCUCUGUAUCUCUCUCUGGGUGUGUUGUUGCUUGCUUGUAUGGCCAUUGGGAAGGCGAGUGCAAAGGCCAUGAAGAGCAAGAACAGCUGCUGCAUCCUCGGCUACAGUAGCAGCUCCCCGAGCCCCCCGCCGUCCCCCCGCCGCGGCUCCGCCGUCGGACACUGCCGGAGGAGGCUCCGGGGCAGGCCCAGCCUCGCCGCCGGCGUGAUCCGGCGGAGUGCCCGGUACCUGGCGGCUCUGGCCCUGCUCUACUUGGGUGGGUUGCUCAUGUGCGUGGGCCCCUUCUCUUCCCUGGUGGACCUCCUCCUUCCACCCCCUGGCUCUGUCUAUCGUAGCCAUGAGAUCUUCCACAAGCUUUGGCCUAUAAUACACUCUGAUAAUUCUUCUGCAAUUGAGUUGGAAACUCUUUGGACAUAUAAGAGGAGGCUCAAAGAGCAAAGACCUUGUUUAAGUACAAUUGUUGGACAACAUUUUGGUCUCUCCAAUGGCACAGAAGCGAAAGAAACGAGUGGAUACUUGAUCGUUGAAGCCAAUGGUGGUCUUAAUCAACAGCGCUCUGCAAUUUGUAAUGCAGUGGCUGUCGCUGGGAUUUUAAAUGCAGUACUAGUCAUCCCUCGCUUUGAAUUCAAUGGUGUUUGGAGGGAUCCCAGUGAGUUUGGAGAUAUAUAUGAUGAGGAUCAUUUCAUUGCCACGCUCGAUGGCUAUGUGAAAGUGAUUCGUCGAUUGCCGGAGGGAGUGAUAGAAAGAUACGGUCACAACAUCACAAAUAUGCCAAACAUCCGUGUCCCGGCUUGGGCUACUGCCAAGUACUAUAUGAGAGAAGUUUUUCCUGUCAUAAAGGAACAGGGGGUAAUCCGACUUGCCCCUUUUGCCAAUAGAUUGUCAAUGAAUGUGCCGCCUCAUAUUCAAUUGCUAAGAUGCCUAGCAAAUUUUAAGGCAUUGCGAUUCUCUUCCUCAAUAGCAGUACUCGCAGAUAAAAUAGUUGGUAGAAUGAAAGAGAAGAGCUUGAGGACUGGCGGAAAGUAUGUUUCGAUCCACCUUCGCUUUGAGGAGGAUAUGGUGGCCUUCUCAUGCUGUGUUUAUGAUGGAGGCAAGACUGAAAAGUUGGAACUUGACAUGAUCCGAGAAAGAGGUUGGAAAGGGAAGUUUAAAAGGAAAGACCGCAUUAUCGCACCUGGCCUUAAUCGGCUGGAGGGGAAAUGUCCUCUAACGCCUUUGGAGGUCGGGAUGAUGCUACGCGGCAUGGGAUUUGAUAACACCACUUCAUUAUACUUGGCCUCAGGAAAAAUUUACCAUGCAGAAAGGUACUUAACUCCGCUGCUGAAGAUGUUUCCUCUUAUUUAUACAAAGGAGUCUCUUGCAACCCCUGAAGAACUUGCUCCAUUUGCGGGUUAUUCUUCAAGGUUGGCGGCUUUAGAUUACACAGUAUGCUUGUUCAGCGAGGUUUUUGUGACAACUCAAGGUGGGAAUUUCGCGCAUUUCCUCAUGGGCCACCGAAGAUUUCUAUAUGGUGGACAUUCGAAAACCCUUAAGCCUGAUAAAAAUAAGCUGGUUCUUUUACUGCAAGAUGCAAGUAUAAGUUGGACAUCCUUUAAGCUUCAGAUGGAGGCGAUGCUUAGGGAGAACGAUCGCAAAGGCAUGAUCGUACCUAGAGUCAAAAAGUUUAACAGAAAGACUUCCAUUUAUACCUAUCCUUUACCGGAAUGCGGAUGUCUCCAGCAAUCGAAUGACUCAACACACAGGCUUGCGCACACAUGGAACGUCGAACCCGGUACUGGUAGAUAGCACAGCCAAUUCAUAGUUAUCUCAAACUUCCGCUCAAUUGUGCAGUUACCCAGAUUUGAUUUUUCCUUUUCUCCUUGCUGAAUUUGAAUUUGUGAGGUGCCAAGUUCCAGUUUUGAUGACUUAGAUAUUCUUUCGUUACAUUCGACCAUAGCCUUUGUUUGUCCAAAAGAAUAUGGCGCCGGGAUUUGAUGAAGCUUCUCUGUAUGGACCAAGUGUAGAUACGAGGUGUGGUGCUUGUAUGUGUUUUUACAUUUGACAUUAACUUGCCAGUCCUCUGGUAAGGGAAGGAGGGCUGUGAUUUGUCACAUUUUCCUUUUCUCUCUCUGUAACUUAUCCUGUAACUUAACAAGCAGGCAAGAAAAAAAGAGAUGAACAUUUCCAGUUUUUCCA